UUCCCAUCGAGAUCGAGCCAUCCUCCCUCCACUCCGGCGGUUCCACGAUUGGCGUGGCCGCCCCGGCGCCGGCCCCCAUCCUCCCUCCUCCACGACUUCCCCGGCCCCGGUGGCCCUUGCCCCCCAGUCCUCGUUCCCCAUAAGGCCGUCCUCACUCUCUCACGGCCCGCGGCCGCGCUUGACUCCAAACUCGGCGACCUCCGAGCACGAGCAGUCUCGCCGUCAUUGUCCUCUGCCGCCGGCGAGCUCCGGUCGGUGACGUCCUAAUGGCCUGACCUCGAACGGUAAACGCCGCAUCGAGCUCAACUGCUGGAGAAUUUGAAGUACAACUUUCUGCUUCUUUAUUUUGCGCUCUUGAUCACUUGGGAUCUGCGGUGCCUGCACGGACUUGCAUUUAAGACCUAAAAUUUGAUGAGAAGAAGAUUGGCAGAACAUUUAUCUUACAUUCCCAGAUCUCUUUCCUUGAUACAACUCAAGGAAAUGUCCUCAUUUUCUGCUGGUCAUGGACGCCGGCCAAAGAAGAAGCUUUAUCACCGUGAGCCUGGCCUCGACAAGGCCAUGGACCUCCAAAAGAAGCCCGCUCUCCUCCUUCGUCUCCGUGAGCUCAUCUUGGCCCAAAAGAAAGGAUCACUACUUGUACGUGACCUUGAAAAGGAGGUUGGCUUUGUCCAAAAAUGGAACUUUGUUUCACUUAUCGAGCGCCACCCCAAUAUCUUCCAUGUCUCUGGUGGAAGUACAUCGCGUGAGCCCAUUGCUGUCACACUUACUGAGAAGGCCAGAAAUAUUUCUGGUGAAGAGAUCCAAGCACAGGAGCUAAUGGAACCCAUCUUGGUAAGAAAUCUGAGGAAGCUGUUAAUGAUGUCGAUGGACUGCCAAAUCCCUUUAGAGAAGAUUGAGCUCAUCCAACCUGAAUUGGGUUUACCAAAGAACUUCAAGGACAAGUUGAUUCCUAGUUACCCUGACUUUUUUUCAAUCCGUGAUGUGCGAGGCUUGGACCAUCUGUGUUUGGAGAGUUGGGAUUCUUCACUAGCAGUCACAGCACGAGAAGAAAAAUUGAAUUUUGAUGGUUUCCAAAUGGAUUAUAGAGGGGUUGCUAAAGAUGGGAAUAUACUGGGUCCUUUUGCUUUCAAGUUAAAGUAUCCAGCAGGAUUUAGGCCCAACCGCAAGUACCUUGAGGAGGUAGUCAGGUGGCAGAAGAUGGCAUUUCCUUCACCUUAUUUGAAUGCUAGGAGAGUGGAGCCUGCAACUCCACAGGCUCGAAAGCGAUCUGUUGCUGUUCUACAUGAGAUCUUAAGCUUGACAAUGCAGAAACGACUGACAUCUGAUAAGCUAGAAGUCUUCCAUAAUGAGUACAGGCUGCCAUGCAAGCUACUUCUUUGCUUAGUAAAAAAUCAUGGUAUCUUCUACAUCACUAACAAGGGAGCAAGAAGUACCGUCUUCCUCAAGGAGGCCUACGAUGAUACUAACCUCAUUGAGAAGUGUCCUGUUCUGAAAUUCCAUGAUCAGUUUUCAUCUUUAAUUGGCCGAUCAUGCUCCGACUUAAAUACUCCACUGGCAGUAUAGCUUGAGUGUUAUUGAUUUACAUGAGAAGCGAAACCAUGGUGCAUCUGGCUGGUGCAUCUUCUUAGUUGAUUGCUUGAUGUUCACAUGAGCCCACUUGCACACAACAAACUAUGUAAUUCCUCUGUACAACGGAUGUGUCUUGCGCCUUAUCAGCUGUUAAAGAUAAAACUGUAAACACCAACAUCCCAUCUUUAAAUAUGAAGCACCCCAGGAAUCAAGUUGCAGAUCAGCUGAUGAGACAUCCAUGUUUGUACGGAGGUCACAAGUUCAGUUGGAAUGUAGGGGUUGAGAGGAUUAAGUGCAUGAUUGGUUUGAUACCAAAAUUUGGCAUGCCAAGAUUUCUAGUGAUUGGUUUGUUUCUUGCCAAGCUCACAAAAACUUGCCAAAUUUUGACAACUUUUGAUUUACCAAAUGUUGGCAUCAAAUCAAUCAGCUCUAACUCCAGUUGUGCAGCUUAUAAUGCCGAAAAAAGAAGUUGCAGUAUCAAUUCCGCUUUGUACUAAGAUAUGUAAUGUUGAGUUGCUUCUCCUAAUUGGAUGGAUUUCUACCUUUGGCUCAUAAACAAUAGUCAGGCACUCAUUUAUCUGAAACUCUAUUAUUCACUCAGUCUCAUGUGACUCUGCUUGCAGCAGGAUAUUUGUUACUGUUCUGUAACUUCUUUAGAGAGUUCUGCAACAUAAAUGUGUUACUCACACAAUCAUACCACUAGAUGCUCUUGGUUUACCGGAUGUUUUAAAUGCAUCACCAGUAUUGGUAACAGUUUUAGCACAAUAACAAGCUGCAUCUCAUCAGUACUUAUUUGGUUGUUUCUGUAUCCCUUAACAUGCAGAAAGCACCUGUAAAUGCUCCAGAUGCUGUCUCUAGCACAUUGAUUGUUCUGCUAAUUUCUGAAUUUGUUGACAAUGCUUAUCUACGUUCACUGUAUGCGAUUGUGUCCUCAUGCUUAUGUCGCUAGUGACUUCAAGUUAUCUGCAUUGGACUUUGAUGGUAUCAGACCACUUAUUUAUGUAUUUAGGUGGCCUAUUUCUGAAUAAGCAGCAGGAUAUCCCUAGAGGUUGUUUGAGAUGCCUAAGGGUCAGAAAUGACUUCACAUGUAAUUGCACAUCUUCAAUAUUUCACUUACUUAAGAUCUAGUUGAUCGGUUUUGAAUUGGCACAAAUGUUAUAAUAGACAUCCGGAGUCAUAGACUAGCUGCUGGUAGAUAGUAUCCUUCAUUUUGGUGACAUGAGGACAACAUAACUCACUGACAUUUGUACUAACUUGAUAUCUUCCUAUAUUAUUUGUUUUAGUAUUAACUUUAUAAACAUAAUGGUUAUUUGGAUAGCUGUCUUGAUUUUUAUCUCAGUAAUAUGAAAUACUGCAGUGUUUAACUCGCAUGCUUAUUAUCUUUUCAAACAAUUGUGAGUCAUCUUAGAUAUAGAUAGUAGUAACAUGUACACACAACUUUCGUUCCCACAUUCAACUAUUCAUGCUGCAUCGCCACAUUCAUCGUGUGCCCAUCGGGACACUGAAAGAAAGAAUGAAUAUCAGGCCUAUUUUCUUGCUUCAGAAGA